GGGUAGGACCAGAAGGGCAACACCCCAUUCGACGUUGUUGGUUGUGCCGAAGCGAGACUCGUGGGGGUUUACCACACCUCGACGAAGACAACUUGAUAUUGUCCCUCAGAAGACGCAAGAGGAUGCAAGACGUACUAGAGCCAGAACGGACGGGAGGACCGACAGCUGAAGGUUUUUAUCUGUACUUUGAAGCGGGGUUGCCGUAGUUCGCAACCUUCAUGGACAAUAUAAAGCAUCAUGGGCCUAGUUAGAUAUUAAGAAUGCUAUUUAAGGGCCCAUGAGAUUGCCUGUCCUCGUGCGAGCCCAAACGGCGAAUAACGGCUGCGCAACCACCACUGGUAUGGGCACGACAUAUCCAUAUAUUUGGUUUCAACCAACUAGAGCGCGAGAAAAGUAGCAUAACCUCUCUGAACACGCAGAAAUCGUAUACUUGUUACCUAUCAAACGAUUAGUUACAAGUUACCACAUUAUGGAACACAAGGCAUCACAUUCUAAGGAUGAGAAAAGGCAAGUCCCUGAAAGCCAAGAUGGAAAGAACACAACCUCACAUGCGGAUAAUACACCACCGACAAGUCAGCAGCCAGCGUCAGUGGACCACGCCUCUAAAGAUACCAGGCACAUACCUUUAAAUCGCCCAUGGAAAGAUCGCCGAUGCACAAUUGAAGAUACCCUUAAAAGGGAGCAGUGGUGGAAAGCAGAGCUAGAUAAGGGGGACCCCCUAGAACGUUGGUACGCACAGUCAAUAUCAGAUGGCCCAUACCAUAACAUGAAGUCGGUCGUCACCGAAACGCAAGCCAGACAACCCAACGCCCACGGCGAUCAGUUACCGAGAAAGGUGGCGCCCAUAAGUGAGACAGCAGCAACAUCGGGAUCGGGAUAGAGAAGACAAAAUAAGGGGCAGGAGUUGGCGAGAAAUAGAAGAAAUGGUCUAAUAAGGGAUAUAUUAAUUAAUGAUUGUAAUUUUAUAAUGCAGAGACUGCGAGUUCUAGAGGUUCUCGUUGGGCUUCCCAAGCCAGCCAGUCAGAUCUGGU